CCGGAGCGGGAGGCGGAAGUGCCUCGGGCAGCCGCCUCCGUCCAGGCUGCGGCCCCUGCCGGUUACAUAACUCGUUGCGGGCUGCGCGCGGCCCCACUUCCUGGCUCCCUGAGAACCGAGGAUGCACUGACCCCACAACACCGUCCGCUGCCGCCGGCUCCCUCCCGAGGUGUGAAUGACAGAGGUGGUGCCAUCCAGCUCCCUCAGCGAGGUCAGCCUGCGUCUCCUCUGCCACGAUGACAUAGACACCGUGAAGCACCUGUGCGGUGACUGGUUCCCCAUCGAGUACCCAGACUCAUGGUAUCGUGAUAUCACCUCCAACAAGAAGUUCUUUUCCCUCGCCGCAACCUACAGGGGUGCCAUUGUGGGAAUGAUCGUAGCUGAAAUAAAAAGCAGGACCAAGAUACACAAGGAGGAUGGAGAUAUUCUAGCCUCCAGCUUCUCUGUUGACACACAGGUUGCGUACAUCCUAAGCCUGGGAGUAGUGAAGGAAUUCAGAAAGCACGGCAUAGGUUCCCUAUUACUAGAGAGUUUAAAGGAUCACAUAUCAACCACCGCCCAGGACCACUGCAAAGCCAUCUACCUGCACGUCCUCACUACCAACAAUACGGCUAUAAACUUCUACGAAAACAGAGACUUCAAGCAGCAUCACUAUCUCCCCUAUUACUAUUCCAUCCGAGGGGUCCUCAAAGAUGGCUUCACCUAUGUCCUCUACAUCAACGGUGGCCACCCUCCCUGGACCAUCCUGGACUACAUCCAGCACCUGGGCUCUGCACUAGCAAACCUGAGCCCCUGUUCCAUCCCGCACAGGAUCUACCGCCAGGCCCACAGCCUGCUCUGCAGCUUCCUGCCAUGGUCAAGCAUCUCCACCAAGGGCGGCAUCGAGUACAGCCGGACCAUGUGACGCCAGCUGGGCAGUCUCUACCAGGCCCCACCCCUCGGCACCCUGUGGAAACCGCCUUCCCAGCCAUCUGACUUCUGCAGAGGACCCGGUGGGCACCUGCCGGGCCCGUUGGCCUGCCCCAGCUGCAGGCCCGGUGCUACGUGGGCUCGGGAGAAGAGAGUCAAGGGGCAUGCCCGGUCUCCCCCAGGCUCCUCCAGCCCUCCUUCCCAAUCUGGAAACCUUCACUUCUACUGAGCCCUGGCUGGGCCCCCGCACGUGCUCCAGCCCCACGGGCACCUGGGGGUGGCAGCGUUCACUGUGGUCUGUUUCUUCUGCUGCCCUGGGAGCAAGGGCAUGGGAAAGGGCUUCCUUCCCCACGCUCCUCACCGGCCUCUUCCCCUCCGCUGCCCGAUCCUUCCAGCUCCUUCCUCCAAAGUCGGAAUAAACUUCUGGGAGGGAGGAACCCAAGUGUUACGGACAGACUUGACCCUAAAGACACAGGAGCCUCUGAACAAUGAGGGGUCGAAAUAACGGGAAGGCCAGCCCCUGGUCCAGAACCAGCACCCAGAAGCCCGGGGGCCGGGGAGCAGCCCCGGUCUCUCCACCUGGGGCUGACACUUGCUGGGCACAGCUGGGGAGGCUUCUCACCCACACACUGAGCUCUGGGGCUUCGCUCCCCACAUGUGCGGGCGAAUAACGAGACAGGUGCCCACAUCCCCACUAGGAGGCUGAGUCCUCCCACGGGCUGCUUCAUUCUGUCCCAAGCGAUUGGAACCGCCUGUUAGUUGGUGGAGUGCCAUUCAGCUGAGCUGCUGCAGGGAGCCGGGCUGAGGACAGGCGCCGCUGAGGGCCUGGGGGUCCUCUCCCCCAGCCCCCCAGCCCCAUGAGCAGCAGCUCCGAGGCCUGGCCAGGUGCAGACAGGACGAAGCUGAGCACCGCAAUGACCAAGUGAGACCCGGCCUUUGGGGCUGGGGACAGUCACGUGCCUUGUGGUCCCUCCACCUCUGGGGCAGAGACAGUGCCUGGAAGUGUGCGCGUGGACGGCACGUGCUCCUGGCAUCCCUUCUGCCAGGGCCCCUAGAGCUGCUCGUUGCCUGGCCUGCCCCUCCGGAGCAGAGGGGAUGGCACAGAGUCUCACGCCGGACGAGAGCAGGAGACGGGAACACCCCAGAACACCAAGCCCUGCUCUUGGGCCUGCUGAGACCCUGCCCACCCAGGAAGCCUGCCCAGAGUCCUGCCCAGAGGAGGACGGCUCCCUCCUCAACUAAGGGUGGGAGCACCUCGGAUUCCCCCAGGAUCGACAUGGAACUCUGCUCUCAGAACACAGGUGCCGAGGGGCCAUUUCUCUGGCUGAAUUGGCCUGAUGACAGACAGACCCAGGGACAGAAGGUGCAGGCCUUGGCUUUUAUUGAGAUUAGACCUGUAGGCUCCCUGGCCUCUCGGGAGCCCAACUCUCCACUCCGCCCAGCCUCCCAGGUACAAGUGGUCGACUUGAGUUGGAGCAGGCUGCAAGGGCUGUCGAGCUUCCAGAAGGGCUGAGUGGUGACUGUUACCUGGGCCCAGAGCCCCCUGUGAUGACAUGAUCUUAUACAGAGAAAAAACUUAAUUCACACUAAAAAAAAACCUAUUUGAGCUAAUAAAACUAUUGGAGCUAAUAAGAUUCAGCCAAGUCUCAGGAUACAAGAUCAACACGCAAAACUAACUGUAUUUCUAUACAGUAGCAAAGAACAAAAAGAAUAAAACAGGAAUAAAAUUAACCAUGGAAGUACAAGACAACACUGAAAACUAGAAAACUGCUGGGAAAAAAAAAGAAAACUUAAAUAAAUGGAAAAAGAUCCUGUUCGUGGUUUGAAGACUUAAUAUUGUUAAGACAACAAUCCUUCCCAAAGUGAUCUAUAGAUUCAGUGCAAUUCUUAUCAAAAUCUCAAUGGCCUUGUAGGCAGAAACAGGAAAACUGAUCCUAAAAUUCAUGUGGAAUUACAAGGGAGCCCCAAAGCCAAAAACAAUCUUAAAAAGUUUGAAUACUCAAGAUUUCUGAUUUCAAAACUUAUUGCAUACAAUGCUACAGUAACCAUAACUGUGGAACUGGUAUGAGGCUAGACAUCCAGACUAAUGGAAUAGAAUAGACAGCCCAGAAUAAUUUCAUACAUCUCUGGACAAUUUAUUUUCAACAGAUCGCCAAGACUAUUCCAGAGGGAAAAUAAUAGUCUCUUCAACAAAUGGUGCUGGGACAACUAGAUGUUCAAAAGAUACGAAUGAAGAAUGAAGCUGGACCCCUACCUCACACCAUAUACAAAAAUUAACUCAAAACUCUGAAGAAAUCUUCAUCACCAUGGAUUUGGUAAUGGAUUCUUAGAUAUGACAACAAAAGCACAAGUAACAAAAGAAAAAAUAGGUAAAUUGCCCUUCAUAAAAGUUGAAAACUUUUGUGUUGCAAAAGACAGUGUCAAGAAGUGAAAAGACAGCCUACAGAAUGAGAGAAAACAUUUGCAAAUCAUAUAUCUGAUUAGAGUGUAGUAUCUAGAACACAUAAAGAGCUCUUACAAGUCAACAACAAAAAAACAAACAACCCAAUUUAAAAAUGGGUGAAGAACUUGAAUAGAUAUUUCCCCAGAGAAGAUAUACAAAGAGUCAACAAGCACAUGAAAACAUGUUCAACGUAUUUAGUCAUUAGAGAAAUGCAAAUUUAAACCACAGUGAGGGACUUCCCUGGUGGCGCAGUGGUUAAGAAUCCGCCUGCCAAAGCAGGGGUCACAGGUUCGAGCCCUCGUCCAAGAGGAUCCCACAUGCCGUGGAGCAACUAGGCCCGUGCGCCACAACUACUGAGCCUGCGCUCUGGAGCCCACGAACCACAGCUGCUGAGCCCAAGUGCCACAACUACUGAGGCCCACCCACCUAGAGCCCAUGCUGCACGACAAAGAUAAGCCACCAUAAUGAGGGGCCCGUGCACUACAACGAAGAGCAGCCCCCGCUUGCCACAACUAGAGAAAGCCCACGUGUAGCAACGAAGACCCAAUCAGCCAAAAAUAAAUAAAUAAAUAUUUUAAAAAAUUAUAAAAAAUAAACCACAGUGAGACACUACUUCUCACACAUGAGGCUGGCUAUAAUUUAAAAAACCAACCAAACAAACAACCCAACAGAAGUUAAGUGUUAAUGAGAAUGUAGAGAAAUUGAAACCUGCCUAUGCUGCUGGUGGGAAUGGAAAAUGGUGCAGCCACUAUGGAGAACAGCUUGGCAGUUCCUCAACAAGUUAAACAUAGAAUUACCAUAUGACCUAGCAAUUUCACUCCUAGGUAUAUAUCCAAAAGAGUUGAAAACAGGUAUUUAAAUAAAUACUUGUACACAAAUAUUUAUAGCAGCAUUAUUUAUAGUAACCAAAGAGUAGAAACAACCCCAAAGUCCAUCAGCUAAUGGAUGGAUAAACAAAUUGUAGUCUGUCCAUACAGGGAAAUAUUAUUCAGCUGUAAAAAGAAUGAAGUACUGAUUCACAGGGCAGAAUGCCCUGUGAAUGCCACAGAAACAUAAUGCUCAGUGGUAGAAGCCAGAUGCAAAAUGCCACAUUUUAUGAUUCUGUUUAUACGAAAUAUGCAGAAUGAAUAAAUCCAAAGUGACAGAAAGCAGGUUAGUGAUUACCAGGGGUUGUGGGGAAGGAGAAAUGGGGAGAGACUGCUUAGUUGGUGUGACAUUUCUUUUUGGGGUGAUUAAAAUAUUUUGGAACUAAAUAGAGAUGGUGGUUGAACAUUUCAAAUGUAUUUAAUGCUACCGAAUUGUACACUUAUAAGGGCAAAUUUUAUGUUAUGUAUAUUUUACCACAAUAAAAAUAAGUGACCAGCACCACUUAAAAACUAUUAAGGUCAUCAAAAGCAAGGAAAGUUUGAGAAACUGUCACAGUCUAGAGAAACUUAAGAAGACAUGACGACUAAGUGUAAUACUGUGUCCUGAAUCAAAUCAUAAAACAGGAAAAGGACAGUAGGUUAGAAAUGAGGAAAUCUGGAAUUUAGUUAAUAAUAAUGUAUCAGUAUUGGUUCAUCAGACAAAUGCACCAUACUAAUGUAAGGUGUUAACAAUGGCGGGGGUGAGGGAGAGAUGGAAUAUACAGGAACUCUGUACUAUCUUUGAAACUCCUUUGAAAAUCUAAAACUGUUCUAAAAUCAGAAGUCCAUUGAAGGGCUUCCCUGGUGGCACAGUGGUUAAGAAUCUGCCUGCCAGUGCAGGGGACACGGGUUCGAGCCCUGGUCCGGGAAGAUCCCACAUGCCGUGGAGCAGCUAAGCCUGUGUGUCACAACUACUGAGCCUGUGCCCUAGAGUCCGCAAGCCACAACUACUGAAGCCCACGCGCCUACGGCCUGUGCUCCGCAACAAGAGAAGCCACCACAAUGAGAAGCCCGCGCACCACAACGAAGAGUAGCCCCCGCUCACUGCAACUAGAGAAAACCCGCGUGCAGCAACGAAGACCCAACGCAGCCAAAAAUAAAUAAAUAAAUUUUAUUUUUUAAAAAAAUUAUUGAAAAAGAAAAAAAGUUAAACAUGCACUUGCCUUAUGACUCUAUGUCAUUCAUAGGUAUUUAUUCAAGAGAAAAGAAAGCAUAUGUGUCUUUAUAAGGAUUUCUACAUGAAUGUUCAUACCAGCUUUAUUUGUACUAGCCCCAAACUGGAAAUGCCCAGGAACAGGUGAUGUGUAAAUAAACUGUGGUAUAUCCAUACAAUGGAUAUACAACUCAGCAGUAAAAAGGGAUGAAUUACUGAUACAGGCUACAACAUGGAUGAGUCUCAAUAUAAUUAUGCCAAGUAAAAGAUGCCAGACAAAAAGAAUAUGUUGUGUGAUCCCAUUUAUAUAAAGCCCGAGAAAUACACCUGUGUACAGUGACAGAAAGCAGAGGAAUGGUUGCCUGGGGUAGAGGGAGUGGCAGGAGGUAGAUAUUACAAAGGGGUGGGACACAGGAAAACAGGUGGCAGAUGUAUUCUCUAUCUUGAUUGUGGGGAUGGUUUCUUCCGUGUAUACACUUGUCAAAGCUUAUUAAAUUGCACACUUUAAAUAUGUGCAUUUUAUCUUAUGUUAAAAAGCUGUUAAAAAUGUAAAAACCGAGGGAGGAGGCUCGGUGCUCCCUCCAUGCCCUGCCAGCUACAGUGGAUGCCAAGUGCUGUCUUCCCAUCACAGCCUCCACUGUGUGUGUCAGGCAUCACAACCUCCACUGUGACAUUGAAGAAUCUAAGUCCCCCAGAGGUUGAGUAACUUCCCAAGGUCACAAAGCUGACUGCUUUAGAGACUGCACUGGGUGCCCUGUGCACACCAGUUUGCCCUAACUUUACACCAGCUCUGGUGGACUUCAGGCAGCCUGUUGUGUCAGCUCUGAACUGGGCAUCACAGCCAGCAAAGAGCAUGGGAGGAGGGCAGGGGACGUGGCCUUUCCUCAAAGAUCUUUC